AAAAGCAGAAGAAUACCUGCGGCUAUCCCAGGUGAAAUGCACGCGAUUGAUGGCUCAGAUGACAGCUGCAAGCAGUGCUGUGAUGUGCCUGGACCUAGCAGCUAGCUUCAUGAAACAGCCAGUUGACAAAAGCUGUUUUGUUAAACUCUCUGGCUUGAACAAGACUACCUACCAGAGCUCCAUGAAGUCCUUGGAGUGUUUGCUAGAGGUGAACCCCAGACUGAGAAUGCGAGACUUGGCUGUGCAGUUCUGCUGCACAGAGGCAUUGAACACUGCUUCAAAAAUACUCCAGAGGUAUGAAUCCAGCCUCUCUGAAGCACAGAAAAAGGACCUGGAUUUCUCAAAACCACUCUUUAUAACAGCUGCACUAUUCAUUGCAUGCAGGUGUUUGAAGCUAAAAGUGGACAAAACUAAAAUGUUGGCUGUAUCUGGGGUGAAAAAAGCAAUAUUUGGCCGGCUUUGCAAUCAGCUGGAGAAGAUGAGCCAGGAACUCUGCAAAGAAGAUGUUCCAGUGGUUGCAGAGACACCCGAAAGCUUUCAGACCAACCUGAAGCACUGCGAGAAAGAAGAUGGAUCUGAGGAUGAUGAGGAGGUGCCGUGUAAACGGCCAAAGACUGAAACAAAGCAAGACUAUGAAGAAUGGAAAAAGGAAAUCCUGGAAAACGCUGCGAAGGCACGAGAGACAAGCAGGAGUACUGUCUGUAGCACCACCUAG